AUGUUCACCACUGAACAGCUCCGAAAAGCAACUGACAACUAUUCAGAGGAGCGAAUUGUUGGGCGAGGUGGUUAUGGUGUAGUAUAUAAAGGAUUCUUACCAGAUAAUCGUGUUGUUGCAAUAAAGAAGUCUAAAAUAGUGGAUGGGAGUCAAUCUGAGCAAUUCAUUAAUGAGGUCAUGAUCCUUACACAAGUCAUCCAUCGAAAUGUUGUUAAGUUGUUAGGCUGUUGUUUGGAAGAGGAGGUACCAGUACUAGUUUAUGAGUUCAUAUCCAAUAACACGCUUUUCUAUCACAUUCAUCAUAAAGCGGGUGGAAUGAGUUGGUUAUCAUGGGAGAAUCGAUUGAGAGUUGCUUCUGAAGCUGCAUCUGCACUUGCAUACCUUCAUUCACAAGCUACUAUGCCUAUCAUACAUAGAGAUGUCAAGUCUGCCAAUAUAUUAUUAGAUGAUAACUACACGACAAAAAUAUCAGAUUUUGGUGCUUCAAGGUUGGUCCCUUUAGAUCAUGAUCAAGUCACUACUCUUGUUCAGGGCACACUUGGGUACUUGGAUCCUGAGUACUUCCACACAAGCCAAUUAACUGACAAGAGUGACGUUUAUAGCUUUGGUAUGGUCCUUGCAGAACUAAUUACUGGGAAAAAACCCCUUUGUGUAAGUAGAAUCAAUGAGGAGAAGAAUUUAGCAACCUACUUUAUCAAGUCCAUGAAAGAAAACCGUUUCUUUCAGAUUAUUGAGCCACGAGUAUUAAGUGAAGGGACUCUUGACCAGUUACAAGCAGUAGCUGAGCUCAUAAAGAGAUGCCUUGACUUACUAGGAGAAAAUAGACCUACUAUGAGAGAGGUGGCAAUGGAGCUAGAGUGCCUGAGGAAGUUUACUACUCAUCCAUGGGUUAAACAACAAACACCAGAAGAAUCUAGAAGCUUAAUCCUAGAAGUGGAGCAAUCUGAUCUUUAUGAUGUCCCGUUAAUUCCAUAUAGUACUAACGAAUGGGAAUCUUACUCGGGUAUUACAGAAAUGGCUUUUCAAGAAAACGAACCACGCUAA